AUGGUUCUGGAUCCAGACGGCGAUGUAUUGUAUGUGAGCGAAACAAUCAGCAUAUACCUUGGUCUUUCUCAGGUUGAUAUGACUGGCAACUCUAUCUCUGAGUACAUUCAUCCGGAAGACUGGUUGCAGUUCCAUUCG